AUGGAAAGUAGAAAGGACGGGUUGAUGAGGACCGAGGGUGCUCACACUGGCACACUGGGCUCUGAUUUCUCCGAAGUUGCUGGCGACCAUCCAGAAAAGGUGGCUCGCCGAAACUGCAUUACCCCUGACUGUUUUCCGUUUUCCCGGGACCGAGUACACGAGACGAGGGAGGAAGCGCAGAGCGGCACUUGUAAGGAAAUGAGACGCACAAGUAAGCCGGGUGCGCAGGACCAAGAUCUCCCGAAGAAAGAAGCAAGCAGCUCCGACGCAGAAUCAGACUUCUAUGACGGGACUGAUGCGAGCUGCACCCCUGAACGUAUGGAUUACCACAAUGCCCCAGGACGUGAGUCCCCGAGUCCCAGUACAGAGAGCGCAGUGGACGGUGGGAAGAUGAACACAUGCCCCGGGGGCCUUUCAUACGGCUCGGAUCAGAUGCGACGCUACCGCACAGCUUUCACGAGGGAGCAGAUAGCUCGACUUGAAAAGGAGUUUUACAGGGAGAAUUACGUGUCCCGUCCACGCAGAUGUGAACUGGCGGCCGCCCUAAAUCUGCCAGAAACGACCAUCAAGGUCUGGUUCCAGAACCGGCGCAUGAAGGACAAGAGGCAGCGGCUGGCGAUGACUUGGCCUCACCCAGCCGACCCCGCCUUUUACAGCUACAUGGUGAGCCACGCGGGGAACCUGCCGUAUUCGUUUUCGUCCCAUCUCCCCGUGGCCUACUACUCACCUCUGAGCGGCGUGACCGGGGGUUCGGCCACCACAUCUGGAGCACCUGCUUUUACUAAUCCUUUGCGCUCAUUGGACACUUUCAGGCUUCUUUCUCAUCCAUAUCCGCGUCCCGAGCUGCUCUGUGCGUUCCGACACCCGUCGCUUUACGCAAGUGCAGGUCACGUCCUCGGUCCCGGAGGGAGCUCUUGCUCGUGCCUCGCUUGUCAAUCAAACGGGACUGCGCAGAGGUCACCGACAAACGCAGACGUCACAUGCUCACCCACUAGCAGAGAUGAUGCUUUCUUUAUGUUCUCGCCAGCCUUUCUCAGCAAGUCGCCGUCUGUUUCUGCUGAUCAGAGGGAGCAAGUACCGUUGACCAGAUAAGACACGGACCAUUUUUUUUUUAAAUCAGUUUACCACAAAUGAACUAUAACGCAUGAAGGACCCGAACUCUCCAACCUCCACCAGCCUGCUAUGCAAAACUGUGUAAACAAUUACAUUUUCCAGUCAUGAAGCCAGCUUUUGCGAAAUGGAGGACAGAUUUAAUACAACAUGGUAUU